UGCGCAGAAACCCCGUAGUGCCGCCCUGAACAGCAGCGCCAUUCGGUAACUGCAACAGUAUCCAAAAUGGCUGGAGCUGAUGGAGACGACUCUCUUUACCCGAUCGCCGUCCUUAUUGAUGAGCUUCGAAAUGAAGACGUCCAGUUGCGACUGAACAGCAUCAAGAAGCUGUCUACUAUUGCUCUAGCUCUUGGCGUAGAAAGGACUCGCACUGAACUCCUUCCCUUCCUUACAGACACCAUCUAUGAUGAAGAUGAGGUGCUUUUGGCGUUGGCAGAGCAGCUUGGCAAUUUCACUAUGUUGGUGGGAGGACCGGAGUAUGUCCACUGUCUCCUGCCCCCUCUGGAAAGCCUUGCUACAGUUGAAGAGACGGUAGUCAGAGACAAAGCUGUGGAAUCCCUGCGGAAGAUCUCACAGGAGCACUCUCCAGUUGACCUGGAAGUUCACUUUGAGCCUUUGGUGAAACGGCUGGCCAGUGGUGACUGGUUCACCUCUCGCACGUCAGCUUGCGGCCUCUUUAGCGUGUGUUAUCCUCGUGUCUCCAGCACGGUCAAGGCUGAGAUUCGUCAGCAUUUUCGCACCUUGUGCUCCGAUGACACACCGAUGGUGCGUCGCGCUGCAGCAUCUAAACUCGGGGAGUUUGCCAAAGUUCUGGAGCUGGAAUAUGUAAAAACCGACAUUAUUCCUCUUUUCACUGCUCUGGCGUCUGAUGAGCAGGACUCUGUUCGGCUGCUUGCAGUGGAGGCGUGUGUCAGCAUCGCCACUCUCCUGCCUCAGGAGGACCUAGAGACUCUGGUGAUGCCAACUUUGCGUCAAGCCGCCGAAGACAAAUCCUGGCGGGUACGCUACAUGGUGGCAGAUAAGUUCUCUGAGCUGCAAAAAGCUGUAGGCCCAGAGAUCACGAAGAACGACCUGGUCCCAGCUUUCCAGAAUCUCCUGAAGGACUGUGAAGCCGAGGUCCGCGCUGCCGCUGCCAACAAAGUUAAAGAGUUCUGUGAGAAUCUUCCAGAAGAUAAUCGUGAGCAGAUCAUCAUGAGUCACAUUCUGCCCUGUGUCAAGGAACUGGUUUCAGACACCAACCAGCACGUGAAAUCAGCUCUGGCCUCUGUCAUUAUGGGUCUUUCCACCAUUCUGGGCAAGGACAACACAAUAGAGCACUUACUGCCUCUCUUCCUGACUCAGCUGAAAGACGAGUGCCCUGAGGUCCGUCUCAACAUCAUCUCCAACCUGGACUGUGUGAACGAGGUGAUUGGCAUACGCCAGCUGUCCCAGUCGCUGUUGCCGGCCAUUGUAGAGCUCGCCGAGGACGCAAAGUGGAGGGUCCGCCUGGCCAUCAUCGAGUACAUGCCUUUGUUGGCAGGACAGCUGGGGGUGGAGUUCUUUGAUGAGAAGCUCAACACUCUUUGUAUGGCCUGGCUCAUUGAUCACGUGUACGCCAUCCGUGAAGCAGCCACCAGUAACCUCACCAAGCUUGUUGAGAAGUUCGGAGCCGAGUGGGCCCAGAACACCAUCGUCCCCAAAGUCCUGGGAAUGGCCAACGACCCCAAUUACCUCCACAGGAUGACCACGCUGUUCUGCAUCAACGCUUUGUCUGAGGCUUGUGGUCAGGAGAUUACCACCAAGCAGAUGCUCCCAGUGGUCCUCAAGAUGUCCAAUGACCAGGUGGCCAACGUCCGUUUCAACGUAGCAAAGUCUCUUCAGAAGAUCGGACCGGUCCUGGACAGCAAUGCCCUUCAAACAGAAGUGAAGCCAGUGCUGGAGAAACUGGCCUCUGACUCAGACAUGGAUGUUAAGUACUUUGCCCAGGAGGCUAUUAGUGUUUUGGCACUAGCAUAACCAACCCCAUCACGGCUGAUCCAGAAAACCCCCCAAAACAAAAAUACACCCAGGUUUAGAAGAUAAUUUAUUGAUGUUCAGAACCAACUGAUUGAUGUAUAGAAAAGUUGUUAACAAUUGUUUUACCCCCCCCCCCCCCCCCUUCCCCUCACCCGUCAUUGUUUAUUUUGGUUUAGUCUUUUUUUUUUUUUUUUUUUAUUGUUCAAUGAUAGUCUAUGUCCAAACUAGCACAGGCUUCUUUACUAUUUGCUGUAAAUGGUUGCUUUUAUCCAGGCAAAGUGAUGAUUAAAGUUGAAUUAAGUUGUGCAUGCUGACAAACGCUCUGCAGUACUCACUAAGCGUUGCUAACCACGCAUUCCCCCCCUCCUCAGUCUGCUGUUGUACUUCAGCAUACUGCAUCUGUGCUUGCUACCUAGCACUAUGCUAGCUCCCUGUGCUUCUGCGCUGUUCCCUCCAGUGCUGGACGGAAACUUCUAGCUGCAGAUGGUGAAACCUGCUCUCUGUGGGUUUUGUCCUGUCGAGACUCCGGUCAGCACUCCAGACCAGACGUGUUUCUUCUUCAAUGUUUUACAGAACAGUCAUCAAAAAACAAACCCCCUGGUGAAAUAUAUAAGGGUGUGUAUUACUGCAUGUAUUCUGAUGAACCUUCUUUAUGAUCGCACGUCCUUAUCAGUCUCACAGUGUUCCGUCUACCAGACGAAGGUGUCCCUCUGCACUGUUUGUUCCCUGCAGUAACACAGAUUGAAUUGGUCAAAUUAACACAUUGCCCCAUCAUGUAACAGGGACCAACCCAUAUUUAGCAUGAUGCUCAUAAUGAUCCCCCCCCCCAUCCUUUUUUUUUUUCCAUGUUUUGUAGACAAGUGAGGUUUAUCGUCAUAUCUGUUGACAGAAUUGCUAAUUUAGAAGCAACAUUUUUUUUUAUGCCUGGAUAAACCGCUUUGCUCUGGCGGGGAAAAAAAAAGAAAAGAAAAAAAGACGCCACUGUUUUCAGUAUUUUGUUGCACGGUAAAAAGCAAAUUGUUGACAGCUAUCAUGGCGAACAGAAAACCACAGCUGUUUUAACGCCAAUCGGUUUUUCUUUUAAAGCCAAGCCAGGUCCUCCCCUCAACACGAGGUGGUCAGAAAGCAGUAGGUUAGAGGAGAACGACGAGUGCAUGCUUUCAAAGGCAGCUUGUAGGGGCUGCUUAUGUACGUAAAGCUGCAUAAUGUUUUAUUAUGGGGGUGGGUGGCGGCGUGGUUAGAGGGCGGGUUGAAUAAACGUCGGACCGUGUUAAUAAAAGAAACUUUUGUCUUUCUCUGAACUGCUCCUCCUGUUCAUCGCCCCCUCCCCUCUCAUCCUCUUCUCUUGAAUAAACCUUAAUUGUCGAUUGUCCUGUAUCACAAAGACUGUGCUCUGAUUUUUACUUUGAAUUCUCUUCACAGUUGGGAAGCUGUACUACUGUAUCUUGAUCCAAAUAAAGUAACAAACAAGCUGUGUA